AAAAGCACAUUCACUCCUCUUACUCUCUUUGCCUUUGCGCUCCUCAAAAACAGAGUAGCCUACACGUAUCAGAGAGAGUGAGAGAAGAGAGAGAAUAUUUCUGUUCGUGCAGAUAGAUAGAUAGAUGGCUCGGAGCUCCACAAGAAUGAAAUGGGUCUCCAUCUUCACACUUCUAUUCCUCUCCCACUCGCCCCUCACAACCUUCGCAGAAGAUGGGCUAGUGGCGAAUGGAGAUUUUGAGGUUAGCCCAUCAAGUGGGUUCCCUAACGAGGCGAUUGUGGAGGGCCCCAGCGAGGUCCCAAACUGGAAGUCAAACGGCAACGUUGAGCUAGUGGAAUCGGGGCAAAAACAGGGUGGGAUGAUCCUCAUUGUACCGCAGGGUAGACACGCGGUGAGGCUCGGCAACGACGCUGAGAUCAGCCAGGAGCUACCGGUUGAGAAGGGUUCCAUUUACUCGCUCACCUUUUGUGCGGCUCGCACCUGCGCUCAGCUGGAGUCCAUCAACGUGUCGGUUGCGCCUGCAUCGCAGACGGUAGACCUGCAGACACUCUAUAACGUCCAGGGAUGGAACCCUUACGCGGUUUCUUUCAAUGCGGAUGAGGACACUUUUAGGUUGGUAUUUAAGAAUCCCGGCAUGGAGGAUGACCCCACUUGUGGCCCCAUUAUUGACAACAUUGCUAUUAAGAAGCUUUUCACUCCUGAUAAACCCAAAGACAACGCAGUGAUCAAUGGGGAUUUUGAAGAGGGUCCAUGGAUGUUCAGGAACACUUCACUGGGUGUGUUGCUUCCCACAAAUUUGGAUGAAGAAGCGUCCUCACUACCCGGUUGGAUAGUCGAAUCCAACCGUGCCGUCCGGUACAUUGAUUCUGAUCAUUACUCUGUUCCACAAGGCAGGAGAGCCAUUGAGUUGCUCUCAGGAAAGGAAGGAAUCAUAUCUCAAAUGGUUGAGACCAAACCAGACAAGCUCUACAGCUUGACCUUCUCAUUGGGUCAUGCUGAUGACAAGUGCAAGGAGCCUCUUGCUGUUAUGGCCUUUGCUGGUGACCAGGCUCAGAACAUUCACUACACUCCCAAUUCCAAUUCCACCUUCCAAACUGCUAACGUCAAUUUCACUGCCAAGGCUGAGAGGACUAGAAUUGCAUUCUAUAGCAUAUACUACAACACCAGAAGUGAUGAUAUGAGUUCUCUAUGUGGGCCUGUGGUGGAUGACGUCAGGGUCUGGUUUUCUGGCUCCAACGGGCUUCGUGGGUUGGGCUUAGGAAGGCUUGUGCUUGUAAUUUUGGGUCUAGUUUUGGUUCUGAUGUAAAAGGGUUUCAUUUGGUCUUGCUUUAUUUAUUAUUACCAUUACCAUAUGCCUAAUAGGUUGUUUUGGGUUGAGGGGGGUGUAGGUAAAGUCACACUCUCCAUGUCAACAAUGUUGUAUGUGAACUGGCCUUAAGUUUUUAGUUUAUAGUUUAAGCUAUGACAAAUGAAAUUGUCUUAAUUUGUGCUUUUUC